GCACCCAGGCAGGAAAUGGUUUCCCCCCCGCAUCACCUGGGAAAGUAAAUUCUUUUGAUUUCUCUGAAGGCAGUCCAGCUGACAUGCUCCAGUUUAGAGCAAACAAAGGAAGGGGAGCCGCUGACAAAUCAGUCCUUGGAUCUUAUUUCUCCCCAGCGACGAUGCACGUGUGGGCUACAAAUUGCAACUUCGGGGACAUUGUUUUUAGAUCCUCCUGAAUCAGGGAAGGGAUUCAAGACGCCAAUUUGACUUCUGCCGUGGAAUUUAAGCGUGCAAAGCACACCGAGCGACCAUUUCUUCCACUGUGCUGCUCCAGGCAGGCUUAAAAAUAUGUCUAUCACGGGACUAAAGAAGAAGCAGCCUAAAAUGUUUAAAGUGAAAGUUUCAACAAUGGAAGCUGAAAUGGAAUUCAGCUGUGAGAUGAAGUGGAAAGGAAAAGACCUGUUUGACCAGGUGUGUCGUGCAUUGGGGCUGAGAGAAUCCUGGUACUUUGGUCUCUGGUAUUCUGUCAAAGGAAUGGGCACUUGGUUGAAGAUGGAUAAAAAGGUUUUAGAUCAGGAUAUUCCCAAAGAAGAUCCAGUGAACUUUUGUUUUUUAGUGAAGUUUUACCCUGAGAAGGUUGAAGAGGAGCUUCUGCAGGAGAUCACCCAACACCUCUUCUUUCUGCAGGUUAAGAAACAAAUAUUGGAUGAAGAAAUCUACUGUUCUCCCGAGGCUACAAUUUUAUUGGCGUCUUAUGCAGUUCAAGCCAAGUAUGGUGACUAUGACCCAAAUCUGCACAAACCAGGUUUCUUAGCUCCAGAAGAGCUUUUGCCAAAAAGAGUUCUCCGUCAAUAUCAGAUGACGCCUGACAUGUGGGAAGAAAGGAUUACUGCCUGUUACGCUGGACACCAAGGAAUGGCCAGAUACGAAGCUGAGAUGAACUAUCUUAAAAUAGCACAAGACUUGGAGAUGUAUGGGGUUAAUUAUUUUCCCAUUGCUCAAAAGAAGAAUCAUACAGACUUCCUGCUUGGGGUAGAUGCCAAAGGGAUUCAUGUCUACAGCAUCAAUAACCGCUUCUCUCCGAAUAAGUCUUUUGAAUGGAGCAGCAUCCAAAAUAUUUCUUAUUCUGAUAAAGAGCUUACAAUUAAGCCCAUUGACAAGAAAGCCGAGGUUUUCAAGUUCUUCUCCUCACAGCCUAAAGUCAAUAAACUGAUCAUGCAACUCUUUAUUGGAAAUCACGACUUGUUCAUGAGAAGGAGGCGAGUGGAUCCCAUUGAGAUCCAGCAGAUGAAAGCUCAAGCCAGAGAGGAGAAAGCAAGGAAAAAGAUGGAGCACCAGAGGCUGGCCAGGGAGAAGCAGCUGCGGGAGGAAGCCGAGCGAGCCAAAGAAGAACUGGAACGACGUCUCUUUGAGGUGGAAGAUGAAGCUCGGCAAGCUAAUGAGGCUCUGCUCCGUUCAGAGGCAGCAGCGGAGUUGUUGGCUGAGAAAGCUCAGAUAGCUGAGGAGGAAGCCAAGCUGUUGGCUCAGAACGCUGCCGAAGCAGAGCAGGAGCGCCAUCGAUUAGAGUUGGCGGCCUUGAAAACCGGCGAGGAGAAGCGACUGAUGGAGCACAAGAUAAGAGAGGCUGAGCUGAUUGCCAUGAAACUGGUGAAGGAAUCCGAUCGAAGGGCCAAAGAAGCUGAGCAUUUAAAACAUGACCUACAGGAAGCCAGAGAAGCUGAAGAGAAAGCAAAGCAAAAACUUCAAGAUGUCAGCAAGUUUAACUCUCCUCCUCAUACUGUCAAAUGUACUUUGUCUCCACCUGCUGACACAAGGGAUACCAGUAGUGACAAAGGAUUUGUAAAGAUGGAUUUAAGAGACAUUGAUCUGAAGAGGCUUUCCUUGGAGAUAGAGAGAGAGAGGCUAGACUACCUAGAUAAGAGUAGAAAGUUUGAAGAUCGGCUAAAAGAACUCAAGACUGAAAUCCAUGCUCUCAAAUUUGAAGAGAAACACGCCGGGUUUCUUUCUCAUUGGAACAUAAUCCUUGACUCUUUGGACCAUUCAUCAGAGAAGGAAUACAAGUCUCCCGUUUGGAUGAAAACCCUUGAAGCAGACCUGUUUAAUAAUCUGCAACAGUCCUUUUCACCAUCAUGCCUGCUAAACGUGAUUGAGAAUACCAUGCCCAGUGCAACAACAGAAAACACUUUUCCAACCCAUCCCCUGGUUAUCAAUAACAUGGAAACAGGACACCGAAAGCACAUUAAGGUCCAACAGCACAAAACAGAUGUGAUCUAUAUCUGAAGCAACAGAACGACCAGAUAUCCAACUCAGCGUAAGAAUGGGAAUAUUUCUUUUUCAUUCCUAGGAAGUGGUGCUCAUAUAGGUAAUAGAAGCCAACCAGAGAUCUAAGUCUGCAAGUCUAAUACACCUUGUUAUUUAAUAGAUCGUCUUGACAGUAACUGAACAUUUCUAUUGGGUUACCUGAAGAUUUGUCAUGCCAGUGUAUGUUUGUAAGAAGAAUCUUAAGAAAUUCAAGCAGAUCUAUUCUAGUGCGUUCCCAAAGUCAGCAAUUCUAUUAAGUUACUUGGGAGUUAAGAACUGAGUUGUAUAUUCAUUUAAGAAUUAUGAAAAACUUGCUGUUAAAUUUCACUAAAAGCAAUGGGAUUGUAUCACAAUUUAACUGGAUUAAGGUCCUGUACAUUUAGAAUUUUUCAUAAAAGUGGAAAUGUAAACUUAUGAUUGUGAAUAUUUUUAUUUUUGUAAAGUGUUCUAUAACUAUUACUUUCUUGUUUUUCUAUGAUUAAAGGACAAAAUUUUAAAUGCCCAAAUCGGUUUAUUGAAACAGAAUCAGUGGGCAUGCUAUAUAUGUCCUUAAGCUAAACCUAGGUUGGGCUUGUUCAGCUCUUUUGCUGAAAAGAGAAUCUCAUCCUAUUCACACACUGCAUUCUGAAAUGUAAACGUAUUUAUUAUUCUGGCACAUAAAGAACUGCAGACAGUUUUAAUUACUACAACAGGAGUUUCUUCUGAGAACACAAACUUCGGACUGUGCUGCUAUUUAACUUGCAUCUCAUCCUACGAUGAAUGAGGUGGUUGUUGUUUACAAAAAUAAAUACAGAAAUAAGUAAAGGUAACAAUUAGCUUAUUUUAAUGUCAGUACCUAAAUAAAAAGUCUUGUGUUUUAAGUUUCUUAAAAUUCAAAGCAACACAAAUCAACAAUUUUAUUCUCUUUCUGUGAGAAAUGAAAUGGCAGGAAAAUAAGCCUAGAAUGAAUAAGGCUAGAAAUAGGUUGUUUUCCUUAAAAUGCUAGCCCAAAACAGAUGAUUGCUGUUGAAGGUGUUCUUCAAUUACUUGAUUCCAGUUGAUGUGUCAACUGGCUGUUCCCAAUCACAGCUGGCUCAUGUCCUUUUUUCUCACAGCAGCCAUGCUUUCUUGCAAUAUUGCGCACACACAAACUUCAAAUGGCUAGGCAGAAAACCAGCCAUCUGAUAUUCAACACAGCUGCCAUUUCUACUAUGGAAGUUUGUAGCACCUGGCCCAGGAGAAUAAAGCCAACUUCUAAACGGAACUCAUUUGGUACAUGCCUUGUGACUGUCCCAUUGAAGUGGCACCUGGCCUAUACUUUUUCAAUUCAUCCUCUGUUCCUAGAUUAGGUGAGAGGAGGGUUAUCUUGCUGGGAGCAUAUUAGCAGCUAUCAGACAACCUUGUAUCAUUUACCCCAAUACUCAGAAUUAUAGCAUUGUGGUUAUCUGUGGUUCUUAGUGUCACUUUAAAAAAAUAAGAUACGGGAAGUCAAUCUCUAAAUUAUGGAGGUAAUGUGGGAAUAAUAACAGUGAUGACACUGGAAAAAAGUUGAUGCCUGGAUGAGUUUUUAAAAAGGGAAAAUAUUUGUCCCUAUUGCUUAGUUUCUCAUAUUCUGCUUAACAAAAUUAAAAGCCAGUUGCAGAACUGAGUGAGGUCCUGCCACAAGGACUAAAACUGCUUUCAUCGAUCUGAAGACUCUCUGAAUUGGUGGAUAGCUUCUCCCAGCAUUGAUAACCUUGACCAUGCUGGCUAUUAAAUUCUAGGAAACGUAGAUACUUGGAAGGACACUUGGGCUGGAAAAAUGGACUAAAAUAUAUGGAUAAAGCAGUAAGGCCUCCUGAAUUUGAGCCCAUAUUACUUGAUGGGAAGCUAAAAAAAAAUGAGGUUCUGGAAGAGAAGUCAAUUCUUUGCUUCGCAUCUUUAAGAUAGGAGAAAUACAACUCAAAGAUGAUCCUGCUACAUAGUGUCUUCCUUCUCCCUCACCAUUUGCUAACGUAUAAUAGAGUUAUCAAGAAACAUAAUUUUAAGUAUCCAUGCCACAUAAGGGAGGCUAUACGAAAUUAGAGUGCUUAACACCAAAAAAAAAGUCUGAAGGAAGAGAAAGCAGUAAAGUUUAUUCAUAUAAGGACAAACUUUGUGAAUAGAACACCACUUUGGAGUUCUUGUUAGUCAUACAGCUGAGAAAUUAAAUCACUGACGCACAAACUACUGAGCUUUGUGGGCUGGAGAUUAGGAUGAUAGCUGGAAGGUGCAUAUUGUUAAAAAAAAUAAGUCAAGGAAAGGCAUCGUGGAACCAUCCUCAAACCUAUGCUUUGGUAUCUUCCUUAUAGACUAUAAUUGGUUUAAAUUAUUCAUUAGAGAAUUUGUUUUAAAAAUCUAAGAAUUUCCAAACUUAAAUUUGACAUUCUAUAAUAGAAAUUAUUGUGAUGUUGUACAUCAAUAUUUAUAAUAUAUAUCUUUAAAGUGUCUGAGGAGGUAAAAAGUGCAGCUUUCCUCAAAGAAUCCUCUUAUAAUUUGCACUAUGAAUUCCAAGGAUUGUAUGAAAAUGACAAAUACCAGGCAAUGCAUGUUUUGUUCUUUUUGACAACAGCCCUAUUAGUUUACUCAUAAGAAAGCAAACUUACUUUAGAGUUUUGGGUUGACAAUGAACUGGUCUCUGUUCUUUUGGCUCACUCUUAAACAUUAAAUUAGUAUAACAAAUAAUGCUAAAAUAUCACUGGAGCCAAACUAGUUCUUUUACUUGGAUUUAAAGGUUGUUUUCUAAAUUAAGUUAUUGUAUUUUUUUUCCCAAAAUAAACUUUCUGAACAACUUCU